AUAGAUAAUCUUUUAAUCAUUAAAAAAUCAAUAAUUAAUCAUCAACCAAACAGAGACAAUAUGGAAAUAGACUUUGUUUCAUAACUAUGAUUUAACUAAAAAUCCGUUUGGGUGGUAAUCUCAACUGGUUAAUAACCAGUAAUUAUUUAUUUGUGAAUUGUUCCGAGUAAAUGCUGGUUGUUUUAAGUUCUCUAUUUGUUUAAGACAAAAUUUUCUCUUUCAAUUGUUUAUUCGAAUUCAGUGUUGAUAUCAGAAAUAUCAUUCUUCAAUCAGAAAAAUGGGUGAUUGGGGCUCACGGAGUAAAACUCGGUCAAUCGAUAUAACCAAAUUACUCGAAUCUUUUAAGAAGAUUGAAAUCUUCAAACUUUUUUCUAUGGGAAACACACGUAUGAUAAUCUGAUUUCCAUUUUCAACUUUUCUCUGAUGUCGAAAAUCCUUCUAGUGAAAGCUCUUCUUGUAACAUGUAAAGAUGUUUUUGGUACCGAAAUCUCUUUUACCUUUAACGAUAUUCCAAAAUUUGACGAUAAAAAAAUCGAGGAUUAUUGUUGGAUCGAUGGUAGUUACACAACUUUACCCAGUUCUCAUUCUUCACUUUCACCCUACGUCGGGGUCACGUCCAGUACUAAAACGGAUGAUGGAUCAAAAUUUUAUCACCCUUACUACCAAUGGGUUUACUUUGCUAUACUCAUCCAAGCUAUCAUGUUUUUCAGUCUUAAAUGGGUCUGGGAUCGUCUUUUGGACCAACGAGUCAUUGCUCUAGUUGGUAAAUUGAAAAGUGAUAAAAAAAUAUUUACGAAUACGAAAGAGUUAAUCAAAUAAAUCUCGUUCAAUCGGUGGCCGAUCUUUUAUUUUCCAAUGUCACCUUUUAUUACAAUGUUAUUUUCAUGAAAAUACUUUGUCUUGUCCAUCUUGUUUUCCAAAUUUGGGCAACUGACCCAUUCCUAAAUGGCAAGCAAGAUUUGAAUAUUGAAUGAUGAACAUAAUGGGUAUAACAAUUAAAUCAAAUUGUUAAGGUAUGAUCGGUAAAGAGUGGAACUAAACCUAUCAACUUUUUCGAUUUGCGAUAUUUUCGAAAUAUUUUCGACAGUAUUCGAUGCAAAUUAUGAAUCUGAUAAAUAUUUGCAUGAAAUUACCUCGAACAAAUUGAACUUUUUUCUUUGGACAACAGGAGGAUGAACGAAGGCUUCGUUUCAAGACGGAUUUUCAUAUCCAUCACCCACAAAAAGUCUUUACGAAAAUAUCUGAUUUAGUGCAAGAAUUUUAACAAAAUACGACUUUUUUAAUCAAAAACAAAUAAAGCCAAUUGAUAAAGAAAUUUUGAGGAAAAAGCUUUAAGACAGUAGAUCCGAUCGAGUUUAAGAUAUUGAAAAUUGAGUUGAUUUAAAUAUAAAAAAUAACACGGUAACACAUAACAAGAUGUUUCGUGUAUGGCCAUGAU